CCAUGCUGACGGUCCGUCUCGAAGUCAUCAUCUCGAAGUCCUGUCUCUGGUCCGCGCCCUGUGCACGACUCCAAGCGAGUCUGAAAAUGCAGAAAAGCACGGACCCACUUUCCCCAUUCAGAAAUCUGCAAAUGUUCUCAUCAGCAAAACACUAUCCAUCCUCGCACCCUAGUCAACGAUACGCCAGCGAGUGCUUACCAGCGCGCAUUUUCGUCUUCGAAUCACUCGCUACCACCGCUCGACACGUACGUCGCAGGAUCCGCCAAAGUCUGUACACCUUCGGCCAUCGAACCGCAAGCAUGGACGACGCCGUAGCCCAGAGCCAGAUGAGCCAGCUCAUUCAGAAGCUGCCAGCAAAGGACAAGGAGGAGCUUCAAAAGUUCAUCAGAGCCGAGACUCAGAAGAGCCAGAUCCAGCAGUCAAUCCACGACCUUACAAACAUGUGCUUCAAGAAGUGCAUCACGUCUCGGAUAUCGGCUGGUAAACUAGACAAAUAUGAAGAGCCGUGUAUGGAGAACUGCGUGAACAGGUUUUUGGACACGAGCGGCAUGGUGCUGAAGCAUAUGGAAUCAAUGAGAUCGGCUUGACCGUGACGGAAUCUUCACCACGUCGACAGCGCACUGGAAUGCGAUAUGUUUAAAGACAUGUAUGGUAUAGGAUGUGGACUGUAAGAAUAAGAUACAUGGCAUAGACAGGGCAUUACUGGCGUUUCCGCCGUAUAGGUGGGCAUAUAUACACGCUCACAGCGAUAUCAGCAAUCGGCGGAGAGAGACUCAUCACUCAAUGAAAGACUUCGAUUGACCACAAAAUACCAACGUUGCAUGGGUAUAUGUGUAAAUGCAUUUAUUUUCGCUAUCAAGCUCCGACGGCCCUCAGAUCGUCGUCCCGUCUCCUUUCGGAACGGGGAAAAAUAAUGACACCCAUAGGAG